AUGCACUCGUAUAGGUUGAAAGGGAGAAGUUUUUGGGCUGUUUCGUUGCCUGGCUCGUGUAGUUGGGGUUGGCGUAAGUUGCUGCAGCUACGUGAGGAAAUUCGGCCAUUUAUUUGGUCUAAAAUGGGUAAUGGUAAUUCGACACUUGCCUGGUAUGAUUGGUGGUCAGAUUUAGGACCUUUGAUACAGCAUAUCACUGCUCGAGAAAUUAGUAGAGCUGGUUUUACUUUAUCUACUCGGGUUGCUGAUAUAUGGGAUGGAACUAAUUGGAAAUGGGCGGCUGCUUGGUAUGACCUCUUUCCUGUUUUAAUUCAGCUCAGCAACCUUCAGUUAAAUGAUUCUGAUGAUAUGUUGUGUUGGAAAGAUCAAAAUGGUGAUCAAUCGAAGUUUGCAACUGGGACUGUUUGGGAUACGUUGAGGAGAAAGGAACCGAUGGUUCAAUGGCAUAAAGUUUGGAGCAGUUUGCACUCCCUUGCUGGAAUGGAGCUUAUUUCGGAACUUUGGGAUGAUAUCUGUACGGCUCUUAUUGCUAAAGCUCAUUCAAGAUCAGCUAGGAGUGUAGUGGGUCGAUUAAUUGUUGCUGCUAUUGCAUAUUUUGUUUGGCAAGAACGAAAUAACAGGUUGUUUACUGAUAAGGUCAGACCUGUUGGACGGGUGAUUGCUUUGAUUAAAGAAACGGUCAGAUUACGGCUUGUUACUUUGAAUUUCAAGAAUACUCCUCGAGUUGUUUCGUUGCUUGAGGAUUGGAAGCUGCCAAAGAGCAUUAUGUUUGAAGAACUGAUGGCGCCGAUUUAG